AAUGAAUGACGGGAAAUCAUGAAAGAGAGACCAGGUGGAGUGUUAUUUUCACUGCCUUUUGUCGUUGGCCGACGGCAUCAGGAAGAAUUUGAAAUAACUGGUAAGAACUAGGGGAUAAAUUAUAUCAAAAUCAACCACUGGUUCAUUUUAGAGACAAGGAUAGUGGUUUUUCUACAGCUGCCAAGACAUCAAAAUGAUGUCAUCAGAUGGGGUGGCAGGAAUGCCUCCCUCCUUUAACUACACCCCUGAAAACUUCCAAAACUUGCAGAGGGCAAUUGAGGCUAUGCAAGAAAGAGGAAUGGAGGCAGAUCCAAGGUACGCACAGUUAAUGCAGCUGGCAAGACAAUUUCACAUGAUGCAAGGAGGAGGGGGGCAGAUGCCACCACAAAGUUUGAUGAUGGGUGGCGGACAGCAGAUGCAGCAAGACCCGUAUGGGCAAGGAAUGAUGGGAAUGCAAAGAGGAAACAUGGGGCCUAGAAUGGAUCCAAACCAGAUGUACGGUAACAGACCUCCAAUGGGAAUGCAGCCUGGAAUGCAAGGGAACAUGCAGCCCAAUGCCAUGGGGGGUAUUCAGGGCAACAUGGGACAAAUGCCUGCCAAUAACAUGCCUCAGAUGCAAGGUGGCAAUGUAGGGCCAGGCCAGUCUGGACCAAAUCCACUCAAUCAAGCUUUUACUUCAGAGAUGCUCCAGCAGUUUAAAGCACAGAUUGUUGCAUACAAGCUACUUUCACGUAACCAGGCACUGCCAGACAACAUACUUACUGCUGCUGUUGGUAAAAGAGGCAUGCCAGGGAGUUUCCAGUCUCCUUCCCAAGGCCCACAGGCUAGUGGUCUAGUACAAAUUCAAGGUGGGCAAAAGAGAGAGCCCACCCCAAAAGCAUCACAAGUAAAAACACAAAGUGCUUUAUCAACAGGUGGUGUGUCCAGCGGCAGCAGCACUCCAGUCAAAUCUCCAGUCAGUGAAUCAAGCAGAACGCCAACUCCUGUAUCAACUACCUCACAGCCACCACCAAACGCUAUUUCCAGCUCGACUGCAACAACAGUAGCAAAAACAUCCACAGUUGCAACACCAGUUGCAGCUGCUACAGCAGCGGCAAUACCAAGUAGCGAUGCAACAGCAGCCAUUGCCAAUGCACUUCAAAAGAAACUGCCGGGUCUAAACAGCCCACCGAAGCCAAGACUUGCGCCAAUACAAAAGCCAAAGGGAAUAGAUCCGAUUGAAAUACUUAGAGAAAAAGAGUACAGAAUUCAAUCGAGAAUUGUAAACAGAAUGCACCAGCUUGAAAAUCUUCCUGGUUCCAUUGCUGAGGAUAUGAGAAAGAAAGCACUGAUCGAACUAAAGGCUUUGAGGCUUCUCAACUUUCAGAAACAGCUGAGGGGCGAGCUUUUGUCAUCAAUGAAGAAAGACACCACUUUGGAGACUGCUCUUAGCUCAAGAGCCUAUAAAAGGAGUAAGAGACAGACCCUCAGGGAGGCAAGAAUGACAGAAAGGCUGGAGAAGCAACAGAAAAUGGAGCAAGAGAGAAAGAAGCGACAGAAGCACUUAGAGUUCCUCACAGCCGUCAUGCAGCAUGCAAAGGAAUUCAGGGAGUACCAUAAGUCGGUACAGUCACGUGUCAGCAAAGUGAACAAGAUGGUGAUGACGUAUCAUGCUAACUACGACAGAGAGAGGAAGAAGGAAGAAGAAAGGAUGGAGAAAGAAAGAAUGAGAAGACUUAUGGCUGAAGAUGAAGAAGGCUAUCGUAAGCUGAUUGAUGAAAAGAAAGACAAGCGGUUGCACUACCUCUUGAUGCAAACAGAUGAGUACAUCAAAAACCUGGUUUGUCUUGUCAAUGAGCACAAGAAGAUGCAAAGAAGGAAGAAGAAGUCUCCUAAGAAAGCAAAGAAGUUCUUUGAGUCUGAAGAAGGCGAGGAAGAAAGCGAGGAGAAACGAAUAGCUGUUGUUGAUACUGCCACUGGGCAAAUCCUUACAGAUGAAGAUGCACCAAAGGCUUCUGAUCUUGAACAGUGGCUGAUUGAUCACCCGGGAUACCAGAUAGCACCAAGACUCGAUGAGAGCUCUGAUGAAGAUGAUGAUGAGGAAGGAGAAGACAAAAGCAAAGAGGCACCUCCGAGCAGUACUGUCACUGAGAUAAAAAAGGAUGAUUAUGCCAAUGAUGAUGAUGACUACAUUUUGGCUGAGGAGAAAGAAAAGAAGAAUGCAGGGCCUGACGAUUUGAUGAAUUACUAUGCGGCUGCUCACAGUGUUAAGGAGGAGAUCACUGAGCAACCGGCACUGCUUAUUGGUGGUAAAUUGAAAGGUUAUCAGAUGAGUGGCCUCGAGUGGCUUGUGUCUUUGCACAAUAAUAACCUUAAUGGCAUUCUGGCUGACGAAAUGGGUCUUGGCAAAACCAUCCAGACGAUUGCAUUGACUGCCUAUCUCAUUGAAGUGAAAAAGAUCAACGGACCAUUCCUUGUCAUAGUUCCUCUAUCAACUAUGUCUAAUUGGGUUCUGGAGUUUGAAAAAUGGGCCCCAAAUAUCAUUGCAAUUUGCUACAAGGGGUCUCCGGCAAUGCGCAGAGACGUUGCUCAGCAGUUCAGAUCCAACAAAUUCAAUGUUGUCCUUACUACCUACGAGUAUGUGAUGAAAGACAAAGCCAUUAUGUCUAAGGUUCGCUGGAAGUACAUGAUUGUGGACGAGGGCCACAGGAUGAAAAACCAUCACUGUAAGCUAACUCAAGUGCUCAACACCCAUUACUAUGCACCUCAUAGAUUGCUGCUAACGGGAACACCCCUUCAGAACCGGUUACCAGAACUAUGGGCAUUGCUAAACUUCUUGCUGCCAAAUAUUUUCAAAUGUGUUACCACGUUUGAGCAGUGGUUCAAUGCACCGUUUGCUUCCACUGGAGAAAGGGUUGAGUUGAACGAAGAAGAGACCCUCCUUAUCAUUCGACGUCUUCACAAGGUGUUGAGACCUUUUCUGUUAAGGAGACUGAAGAAGGAGGUAGAAUCUCAACUUCCAGACAAGGUUGAGUAUGUGCUGAAAUGUGACAUGUCAGCAUUGCAAAAGAUCUUAUAUUCUCACAUGUACCGGAAAGGAGUUGUUUUGACAGAUGGAUCAGAGAAAGACAAGAAGGGUCGUGUUGGUACAAAGACAAUGAUGAACACGAUCAUGCAGUUGCGGAAGAUCUGCAACCACCCUUUUAUGUUCCAGCACAUCGAGGAGGCCGUUGCAGAGCAUUUAGGAUACACAACUGGAGUAGUGACAGGACCUGAGCUGUACCGUGUAUCUGGUAAAUUUGAGUUGCUGGAUAGAAUUUUGCCAAAAUUUAAGAGACAUGGUCAUAGAUGCUUGGUUUUUUGCCAAAUGACGUCAUUGAUGACGAUCAUGGAGGACUAUUUAAACUGGAGGGGAUUCAUGUACCUCCGUCUUGAUGGAACAACUAAAGCCGAGGACAGAGGGGACCUCCUUGCCUUGUUUAAUGCACAGGACUCCCCUUAUUUUCUCUUCCUGCUGAGUACACGUGCUGGAGGUCUGGGUUUGAAUUUGCAAGCUGCUGACACUGUCAUUAUCUUUGACAGUGAUUGGAAUCCCCAUCAGGAUCUGCAAGCCCAAGAUCGAGCUCAUCGUAUUGGUCAACAAAACGAAGUCAGAGUGCUGCGUCUCAUGACUGUGAAUUCUGUCGAGGAAAAGAUUUUGGCAGCUGCUAGAUUCAAGCUGAAUGUUGAUUCAAAGGUCAUUCAAGCUGGUAUGUUCAAUCAGAACUCGACUAGCAGUGAAAGAAGAGCCUUCCUUUAUGCUUUGCUAGAGAGCGACUCUGUAGAGGAUGAGGAGGAGAGUGAAGUCCCGGAUGAUGAAACUGUAAAUCAGAUGAUAGCCAGAAGUGAAGAAGAAUUCGAAAUAUAUCAGAGAAUGGAUUUGGAAAGGAAAAGAAAUGAGCCAAGAGAACAGGGUUCGUUACGAAGGAAGUCGCGGUUGAUUCAAGAUGUAGACUUGCCUAAAUGGCUGUUGAAGAAUGAGGAUGAGAUUGAUCAAUUGACUUGGGAAGAAGAGAAGGACAAGAUGUUCCGUCUAGGAAAGAGAGAACGCAAAGAUGUUGAUUAUAGCGAUAAUCUUACUGACAAGCAGUUCCUCAAAGCCAUAGAAGAGGGUUCUUUCUCCGAUUAUGAAGAGAAGCAAAAGACAAAAACCAGGGGCAAAAAGCGAAAGAAGGAAGAUGAGGUGGAAGGAACCCCAGAGGUUAAGGUUAAGCGAAAGAGAGGAAGACCACCAGCAGCAAAAAUGGAUCCAAAUCCACCUGAUUUGACCAAAAAGAUGAAGACCCUUAUGAAGCUUGUUUGCAAGUACACUGACAGUGACAAUCGUCCAUUGGCCGAGCCGUUUGUUACCUUGCCAACAAGAAAGGAACUGCCUGAUUAUUAUCAGCUGAUUAAAACCCCCAUUGACAUCAGAAAGAUCAAAGAAAGAAUAAGAAAUCACAAGUAUCGAAGCAUUAAUGACAUGGAAGAAGACUUUUUGCAGAUGUGUCGAAAUGCACAAAUGUAUAAUGUUGAAGGGUCACUGAUCUAUGAAGAUUCAAUAACUCUCCAGUCGGUUUUUACUGAAUAUCGCCGCAAAGUGGAGUCGGGAGAAGAGGAUACCAAAGGGAACAACGAAGAUGUUGAUGAUGAUUCUGACAAGGAAAGCAGUGUCUCUGAGGUGUCAAAAACUACAAAGGGAGAGUCCAAGGGGAAGAGGCGAAGGGCAAGAAUCAAGAUCAAAGAAGAUAAUGAAGGGGAAGAAGGUGCUCAAUCAGACAAUGAUGCUUCUGAUGAUGAUGAUGGCUCUGAGCAAGAUUUUGAAGACACACCAUUAUCAUCUGCUGUUUCAUCACCAGCAUCAUCAACCAUGUCUAGUAAAAAGAAAUAACUAAAGAAAAAAACUAUAAAACAGAACCUUUAAUGUACUUUAAUUUUUUUAUUUGCUGAAAUAAAGACUUCUUGAUCUUAAUGAUUGGUGUUGUUGUGCUAAAAAGUUGAGAAACUACAGCUUGCUGAGUGUUUACGAUAAAAUAGGCAAGCUGUAGUGAAUGCAUAAUUUUUAUGUUGGUUAAGUUUUCUUUUGGUCAGUUGCUUGAAACCUUUGAAAACCGUUUUGCCAUAGUGAGACUUGACAGCAAACAGGAGUAUGAUCUUUUGUUCCAAAAAACAGUGAUUUGCCAGUUGUCCAAAGAAUAAAUGCUUCUGUUCUAAACUUGUAGAGGGAUGCAUCUGCAUUCUGGUCAUUGUUGAUUUUAAUGGAUUCAGCCAAAUUUUACCUCAAAACUUAACUAUAGAAAGAUGGGCUUCUGUGGUUAGAUAGAAAUUUCUUUCUUUGGCUAGCUAUUUGCAAAACAAUCUACCUUAUCAAAAAAUAUCACGUUAUGAGAUGUCUGUAUUGGCACCAUUAACCUAUUGAAAUCCACAACAGAGAAGCAAGCUGUCACAGAUUGUUCUUUAUCUGUGUUUUGGUUUAGAAGACAUGAUUUUUCAAACCACCAUUAAUCAUCAAUGGCCGAAUGUUUUAUUUUUUGUACAUAUGGUUCUUGCCUUAAUCUUCUGUCAAAAGUACUGGCAUUUUUGUUACCUAAAGACCUCAUUGUAAUCAUUUUGAAGGGAGCAUGUCAAUUCGAAUUAAUUGCUAGAUGAUAUAAGAUUGCAGUGUUUUGCACAGUGUUUAGAAAAGAGAGAGAAUUUUAUGCUCAAUGCAAAUUACACAAUUCUUAGUGAAAACUUCCUUGAAGAUAGAAAUAGUUCCCUAAUUCUGGAUGCAAAAUGCAUUCUGUAUUUAUAUUCUUGUGCUUGGGGCCAGGCCUGUCAGAGUUUUAACAUCUUUCAAGCAAAUCAUUUGUUAGACCUGUCAACUUUUAGAGGUAUGUGACCCCUCCAAAAUCCCUCUAAGUUUAUGUCUUAGUUUGACACUUUUCUUGGUUUUACACAACCAGGGCAACAUUUCCAAUUUUGAAGGUUGCAAGAAUUUUUUUUAGGAUGAAAAUUGUCCCAAGGCAAUAUUUUCACCCUUAGAUAUUGCCAAUCUGUUAGUUUGGUUGUUUUCUUGUUUCUCAUUUGAAUAGUGAUGUAACAAAAAUUUAUCCUUACCCUUAGGUAGUCUUAUAGAUAAUCUUUUCUUCUAUUAAAGAUAUUAAAGAUUUUUUGCUA